AUGUCAGAAUUACUAGAUAGCUUUGAGACGGAGUUUGCCAAAUUUUAUGCCGACAGUAAUCUGGAAGAGACCAACCUUCAAAAAUGUCUUAAUCAUACUCAUGAAUUCAAGAGUCAAUUAAAGAAGUUGAAAGCGCACUUGAAUAAGCACAUUCAAGAAUCAGAACCAGAAGUCUACAAUAGGUUGAAUGACAAGGAAAAACAAAAGUUCAAGAGGAAAAGAGAACUAAUUAUUGAAAAAUUAAGCAAGUCACAAAGGCAAUGGGACCAUUCAAUAAAGAAACAAAUAAAGCAUGUUUCUCAGCAAUCGAACCGGUUUAACAAAAGUACGCUGAACAAAUUAAAAGAAUUCAAUAUAGAUAGCGUAUAUGUCAACAAACUACCCAAGACCGCAAUGGAAAAUGUUAAUGAAGCUAUCGGCUACCAUAUAUUAAGGUAUAGUAUAGAUAACAUGCCGCUAGAAAAUAAAAAUGAGGCUUUCCAUUAUUUAAAAGAUGUCUACGGAAUUACUAAUAAAGAAUCUACUAAAUUUAUUGAAAUGGGCCGAAUUGUGCAUGAUUUGAAAAAAGGCGACACCGAAAGCUGUCUCAAAUGGUGCUCCAAUGAAAUGGACAGCUUAUCAUCUAACCAUACAGCUUUAUCGUCCCUAAAAUUUGAUCUAUACACUUUGUCAGCAAUGCAGAUGGUGAUGCAUGGUAACCCUGUGGAGGUGUACUACCAAAUAACGCAGAACGCACCCCUGGAUUGCUUUAGACAUAGGGAGAAAGAAUUAAUGCAGAACGUUAUACCAUUAUUAACUAAAUCGCUAAUAGGUCAACCAAUUGAAGAUAUUAACUCUAAAGUGAAUAAAGAAUUAAAAGAAUGCAUAUCCUUAUUUAUUAAGGAGUAUUGUGCCGCAAAACAUAUUUUCUUUGACUCUCCCUUGUUUUUGAUAGUAUUAAGUGGCCUGAUUUCUUUCCAAUUUUUCAUAAAAUAUAAAACCAUUAGGGAGCUAGCGCAUGUUGACUGGACCACUAAAGAUGAGUUGCCAUUUGAUGUUAAAUUGCCCGAUUUCCUGACCCAUUUCCAUCCGAUCUUCAUUUGUCCUGUGUUAAAGGAGGAAACUACUACAGAAAAUCCUCCGUAUUCACUGGCAUGUCAUCAUAUCAUUUCUAAAAAGGCGUUAGACAGAUUAUCGAAGAACGGAACAAUUACUUUCAAGUGCCCAUACUGCCCGGUAAAUACUUCAAUGAGCAGUACAAAGAAGGUCCGCUUUGUUAUGCUCUAA